GCUGUUGCAGAUGCGAGUGAAUAGGUCGAGGGGGUUUAUUUGCGACAUUGGGGUUGUUGCGCGAAUUCUCGAGGAUUCUGAAAAUAAGUUAAUUAGGUUCUAUUGAAAAGCGGCCGCCUACCGAUACGAAGGUACAAAAUGGUUAUCACGAGUUCAACGUACCUGCCUACCGAGGAGGAACUGACGGUUGAAGAGGUUAACGUUGGUACAGCAUCUCUGCGCGCCGCAUCCUUUCAUUUGGGCAAACACUGCGAGCACCAUAAUAACGAGUUUAUAUUGUGCCGAGAAGAAGAGGAUGAUCCUAGACGUUGUUUGAACGAAGGCAAGGCAGUGACGGCGUGUGCCCUGGAUUUUUUUCGAAAAAUAAAGAAAACUUGUUACGAUGAAUUUACUCAGUACGCCACGUGCCUUGACAAGAGCAGUGGGGACAUGUCAUUUAAUCGUUGUCGAUUGACACAAGCCGUCUAUGACAAAUGUGUCUUGGAUAAUCUGAAUAUAGAGCGUCCAUCGUUUGGAUAUUUCUGCGAAGUAAAGGUCCACGAUUCGCCUAGACCCAAACCACCAGCUGAGCCGAAGGCGGUUUACCCCGAUGCUGCGCCAAAGUUACCGGACGACGCCCCACGCCCACCAGCACGUUACGGCGCAAGAUCCAUAUUUGGAAACUAAAUACACAUAGCGUGGAAUCAAUUUCUUAUUAACUAUUUAUAGAACAUAGUGUGCAGAUUGUGUACUAUAUUAUAUUGUAGUGCUCAACUCUUGUGUACAGGUAAUGUGUAAAUACAAUCUAUACCUGUGCUAUAA